AUGUUAUCUUCCGCUUUCCGAUUGUUAACUUGGACCUUGAGGCCUUCAAAUCCCAAUUUGGGACGUGGCGUUCGUGCUAUGAGCGCCGCCGCCGCCGCACCGAGCAGGGUUGUGAAAUCGCCGCCGUGGAUGAUGUUGCCGCCGUCGUUCGACGUUGUCAGAAUGGUCAAUCACAACUUAUACAGCCUGGGACACGACAGAGUCUUGAGCUUUGACGGCGGCAGCACAUCAUCAAGGUACGAGAAAUUAGAGACGAGCGUAAUCGUGGGAUCCUCACACGGCUGGCUGGCCCUUUUCAACCCGACCAACUCCGACCUGUUCCUGUCGAACCCCCUCACCGGCCGCCACGUUAGGUGGACCCGCAUCGGCACCCACACUUAUCCUCCGUACAAUGACGUGAGGAGAUACGAGGAUAUGGUGUACUCAAGCUCGGAGAAUCUAUUCUUCUGCCUCACUCAGAUUGACUCUGACGAUUUGGAGGCAUGGGAUCUCACAGACCCCACCUCGCCUAGGCUGAUGGCCCCGGAUGGUUCGUGCGUGGAUGACUCAGAACGAGACGGUGAAUACCCGUACAAAACGUUGGCUUUUGAUGUGCAUAAAAUCGACCCGGGAGAAGGUGGAGGAGGGAAGUUGAGCUAUGUCGAUUGGUCGUUGAGUGGGUUGGCAAUGUUUGUUGGGCUUAACCACUCGUGCGCGGUGAUGGCUACAAACGGUGGGCUGAAGCCCGAUUCCAUAUACUUCACGGAUGACAAGGUAUUCAACCCGAGAAAUUCGAAUUACACUGAUCAGGAGGAAAAAAUGUAUGGGGGGCACGAUAUUGGGGUUUAUGAUUAUGGGAAGAAGACUAUCUCGCCUUGCUAUUACCCGUGCGAUGUCGGGAGCUUGAAAAGGAUUAUGCCCUCCCCUAUUUGGUUUACUCUCUCAUCAUAA